UUCCCUUCACCAGACCAUUCUGAACUGAAAUCCCAUUCGAUCAUCAUCAUCACCAUGCCAGUCGGUCAUCAAUUCAAUCCAUACACCGAUAACGGUGGGACGAUCUUAGCGAUCUCUUCCAAAUCUUUUGCCGUCAUCGCAGGUGAUACUCGUCAAUCAGAAGGAUACUCAAUCCAAUCACGUUAUGCUCCAAAAGUGACUCAACUCACAGAUCAAUGUUGUAUUGCUGUCAAUGGAUUUGCAGCAGAUGCUAAAGAAUUAGUCAAACAAAUCAAACAAAGACUUGUUUGGUAUAAUCAUACCCAUUCUUCAAUGCCUUCACUUCAAUCUAUUGCUCGUCUUAUUCAAACCAUGCUCUAUGGUCGUCGAUUCUUUCCUUACUAUGCAUAUGUGAUCUUAGCUGGUAUCGAUCGGGAUGGAACAGGUGCAGUUUAUUCGUUUGAUCCAGUAGGUAGUUAUGAACGUGAGAGUUGUAGAGCUGCAGGUGCAGCUCAAAGUUUAGUACAACCUUUCUUAGACAAUCAAGUGGGUGGGAAAAAUAUGAUACGUGAUCCGAAUGGACCACCAGCACCUGUAGAACCGGUUUAUGGAAAAGGUGAAUCUUAUACACCACCACGAGCUGAUUUACCAUUAGAAAGAGUUGAAGCUUUGGUGACAGAUGCGUUUACGGGAGCGACUGAACGUCAUAUUGAAGUGGGAGAUGGAUUGGAAAUCUUUGUGAUUGAAGUGGGAAAAGGGGUGAGAGUGAUUCAAAAACCAUUGAAACGUGAUUAGACCACCCAAAAAGAAAAAAAUGAUUUACAGAUUAUACAGAUUAGGUUGAAAGUUGAUGAAAUGGUAUAUGGGUUUUUGAAAUUCAAUGGGGUUUGUUUCUUUUGUGGUUAUGAAGUGAUCAAAGUGAUGAAGAAAUGAUACAGAUGAAUUGAGCUUUGAGAAGAAAGUUUAGGAGUGU